CUCCGGUAGCGAAGGGCUGGAGGCAAACACCGAGCUCCCCCAGAGCCGCCCGGGAGCAGGGAGGGCACCGCUACCCCGAGGGGCCCUCCCCGCGGGGCAGAUGAAUUCAGUAUCCAGAUUCUCUAAGCCAUAUUUUGGAGUCACCCGAGCAUCCCAUCCUCCUGAAUUUUCAUAAAUUACUGGAUUCAUAACCCACUCCAUAUUUGAGAAGAUGGGAAUUGGAAUAAGGUGUGAACAACAUGCUGAGGGUCCAGAGGUGAAUCAGAGGAGGUACUGUUAGUGGGGGAGAUGGACAGGAACAUUUUAGUGGAUAAACCAAAUGACCAAUCUUCAAGGUGGUCUUCAGAGAGCAACUAUCCUCCCCAGUACCUGAUUCUGAAACUUGAAAGGCCUGCUAUAGUCCAGAACAUCACAUUUGGAAAAUAUGAGAAAACUCAUGUCUGCAAUUUGAAGAAAUUUAAAGUCUUUGGUGGAAUGAAUGAAGAAAAUAUGACAGAGCUAUUGUCCAGUGGCUUAAAGAAUGAUUAUAACAAAGAAACAUUCACCUUGAAGCAUAAAAUUGAUGAACAGAUGUUCCCUUGUCGAUUCAUUAAAAUAGUUCCACUCUUAUCCUGGGGACCCAGCUUUAACUUUAGCAUCUGGUAUGUUGAACUUAGUGGCAUUGAUGAUCCCGACGUAGUACAACCCUGUCUCAACUGGUAUAGCAAGUACCGUGAACAGGAAGCUAUUCGCCUUUGUCUAAAACACUUCAGACAACACAACUAUACAGAGGCCUUUGAAUCACUACAAAAAAAAACGAAGAUUGCCCUAGAACAUCCCAUGUUAACAGAUCUACAUGAUAAACUGGUGUUAAAGGGUGAUUUUGAUGCUUGUGAAGAAUUGAUUGAAAAAGCUGUAAAUGAUGGUUUGUUCAAUCAGUACAUCAGCCAACAGGAAUAUAAGCCACGAUGGAGUCAAAUCAUUCCCAAAAGCACCAAAGGUGAUGGAGAGGAUAACCGACCAGGAAUGAGAGGGGGUCAUCAGAUGGUUAUUGAUGUUCAAACAGAGACCGUUUAUUUGUUUGGUGGCUGGGAUGGAACACAAGAUCUUGCUGACUUCUGGGCGUACAGUGUGAAGGAGAACCAGUGGACAUGUAUCUCUAGAGACACUGAGAAAGAGAAUGGUCCUAGUGCCAGAUCAUGUCAUAAAAUGUGCAUUGACAUUCAACGAAGGCAAAUCUACACAUUGGGGCGUUAUUUGGAUUCCUCCGUGAGGAACAGCAAAUCUCUGAAAAGUGACUUCUAUCGUUAUGACAUUGACACAAACACAUGGAUGUUACUCAGUGAGGACACUGCUGCUGAUGGAGGGCCGAAAUUGGUGUUUGAUCAUCAGAUGUGUAUGGACUCAGAAAAACAUAUGAUCUACACCUUUGGUGGUAGAAUUUUGACAUGUAAUGGCAGCGUAGACGACAGCAGAGCCAGUGAACCACAGUUCAGUGGGUUGUUUGCUUUCAACUGCCAAUGUCAAACUUGGAAACUUCUUCGAGAGGACUCCUGUAAUGCUGGGCCUGAGGACAUCCAGUCUCGGAUAGGACACUGCAUGCUAUUCCACUCAAAAAAUCGUUGCCUAUAUGUAUUUGGUGGCCAGCGAUCGAAGACCUAUUUGAAUGAUUUCUUUAGUUAUGAUGUGGACUCUGAUCAUGUAGACAUAAUAUCAGAUGGCACCAAGAAAGACUCUGGAAUGGUUCCAAUGACAGGAUUCACACAGAGAGCAACCAUUGAUCCAGAACUGAAUGAAAUACAUGUCUUAUCUGGACUCAGCAAAGACAAGGAAAAGAGGGAGGAGAAUGUCAGAAAUUCAUUCUGGAUUUAUGACAUUGUGAGGAAUAGUUGGUCUUGCGUCUAUAAGAAUGAUCAAGCUGCAAAGGAUAAUCCAAGUAAAAGUCUUCAGGAGGAAGAACCAUGUCCAAGAUUUGCCCAUCAGCUUGUAUAUGAUGAGUUACACAAGGUUCAUUAUUUAUUUGGUGGGAAUCCAGGAAAAUCUUGCUCCCCAAAGAUGAGAUUAGAUGACUUCUGGUCACUGAAGUUAUGUAGGCCUUCAAAAGAUUACUUACUGAGGCACUGCAAGUACCUGAUAAGAAAACACAGGUUUGAAGAAAAGGCCCAAAUGGAUCCCCUUAGUGCUUUGAAGUAUUUACAAAACGAUCUUUAUAUAACCGUGGAUCAUUCAGACCCAGAAGAGACAAAAGAGUUCCAGCUCCUAGCUUCAGCUCUGUUCAAAUCUGGUUCAGAUUUUACAGCUCUAGGCUUUUCCGAUGUGGAUCACACGUAUGCUCAAAGAACUCAGCUCUUUGACACCUUAGUAAAUUUCUUUCCUGACAGCAUGACUCCUCCUAAAGGCAACCUGGUAGACCUCAUCACACUGUAACUGAAGAGUCACUGGACAGCAAUGGAGAACAGGAGUCUGCUUUCAGUAUUGUGGAGUUCAACUCUGUUGACCGACAGUUAGGCUGCAGUGAUCAAGGACUGCACCAGAAUUUUGAAGGGAUCUUUACUGUCACAAGUUUUAACCCUCUCCUUCAUACCCAACCUCAGCCCCUUUCUCCUCAUCCCAUCCCGAAUUAGGUUAAUAAAGUGAAAUUGGUAUACUUUCCAUUUAAAUAUAUAUAUAUUUUUUUCUUACUUUAACUUUUAAGAACGAAUGAAUAUAAAAGAAGAAAUAAUCAGGCAGUUUACCCUUUUCUGAUUUUUAUUUCAUUUUUAUAAAAUUGGGGCAAAUAAGUACUAUUAACAGACUCAGUACUCGAAGAAUGGGGUUUUGUUGUCGCCUGGUUUGGCCUCCCUUCUUUCUCCUCCUUUCCCACUUCACUUUGCCUUGCAUCACACAACUGCUUGUAGGUGGUGUCAGUUGUUUACCUCUUCAUUCUUAAAAGUAUAUAGUUCUGUAGGGCAAAUGAUGUAUGUUAAAGUGGUAUGUGUGUCUCUGUUGACUAGAGUCUUGUAUUACAUUAAACAAUAGGAGGAACAGAGGGCUCAAAUUUAUGCUCCUUGUCAUAGAACUAAGAAAUGAAACCCAAGAUUGAUCCAGGUACUUAUCUGAGAUUGGUAUAUAGUAUUUCUAUAAUAAUAUAUUUUAUAGUGGAUAUUCCAAUAGCUUUGAGUCACAGAAACCUUAAACUGAGGAGAAUAUAGUGCAGAACCUUUAAGAGCCAAUAUAAAAAUGACCAGCAAGAAGAUUCCAGCAGUGAUUAAUAUGUUUAUUGUGUCUUUAUAGCAAAUUUUGGAAGAAAAUGACUCUUGCCUCUGGUAGAGCUGUGAUUCCAUUUCUCCUCUGUGCUCUUUGUAGCAUUUUCACUUGGGAGGGUGGGUUUUUCAGAGCUAUACUCUUGUUUACUUCCAUAUACAUUAGCUCCCUGCAUCUGCUCCUGUGUACUGAUAUCUUAAAGAAUAACGGCUUGAGGUUGCCUGAUGGAAUACAGCUGACAGGCAUUUCACAGAGCACACAUAGGCUUUUAAGUGGAGAAAAAAAAUAACGGUGCGAGUAUUUUUUCAUUAAAAGAAAGGCGGAUUGGCUUUCCCGCUGUUCAAGUUUCAGUGAGGGAAUGGAGGUAUGUAUCAUUCCAUGAGGUGCUGCAGGGUGCAGUGCAGGAAUCCCACACUGGGCCAGUGCUUGCAUUUGCUCAAAAACUGCACGCACCAUGCCUAAAGCAGCCUCAGUAUAGUCGAUGUCCAUCAGUCCAGUAGCUCUGAAAAGUGAAGGACUUUGUGGAAUUGAGUAUGUCCCUGAGUAGCAGGAUUAGGCCUCACCAAAGAAAGAGAAGACUUUUUGAGUUGCACUUUUGAAAAGUCUCAUGUAUAGGAAUGAGACUGAGCUCCCUCUUCACUCCGUCUUUAUUGUUUGGUUUCACUGCUUUGGGGAAGGAUCAGUAAUCUAUUUUUCCUAGUUCUAGACUUGAAUUUUGGGCUCCUUAGCUUUCUAAGCAUCCCAAAGCUGUCCGUAGUGAUUUAUUAAACAGAUUUGUAUCUUACCUUGUGAAAGCUAUAGUAUGUAAUUUCACGAAGUACCAAAUUGCGCAGCUGCAGAAUAACCAAGUGACUUUAUAGGUGAGCAAAUAGAAUCUACCUGCAUUUUGAUACAGCUUCAUAAAAUGCCAGUCCCCCGACAGUCAAGAAAUUAAAUAUUAUCACUAAUAUUGUAGGCUAUUGAAUCUUGUUUUGUGGAAACAGGUACAAAUCAGAGAGUUGAUAGGAAGAACUUGAUAGAGUUUCUAAAUUUACAAGUUCUCGUUUAAAUUCUGGCACUUUAAACAUAGUAACCAAAUGAAGUUCUGCUGCCUCCACCUUCUGUUUCUACAAUGCUUUCUUUGUUGCUGUUUUCAUGAGUUCCGUAAUUUCCUUAUAUGGGAGAAACUCAGUUCUUGACCUCAGUGAUUUUGUUUUUCCCUGACUCUCUACUAGUUGGUUUUUAACACAAGUUUGUUUUCAUUUUAUCUUUCCUCACUUUAUUUAGGUGGAACUUUUACCCUUUUCUUCAUUUCUGAAUUUUUUUUCACUUACAUAUUUAAAUGGGGCUGAAUCAUAGUGAGCAUUUACACCAUUGAGGAGCUAGUUGAUUAGGUAGAGUUUGUGCCAUGGGGCUCUGAAAGAGCAUUGCUGGCAAAGAUCGCAGGAGACCACUGGGCUCCACAGUACCUGUGACCAAGAUGACACUCUGCUCACAUUUCACACCAGAACCUGAUUUGAAACUUGUUUAUAUAUUCAGUGAGGAGCUUACAUAUAUUUCCAAGAAUUCCAGCAGUGUAUUAUAAUUUAAUCUAAUUUGGUAUUUAGAUAGUGUUUAGGUAGGCCAAGUUAUCUGGGCUUGAUUCCUUGAAAUGCUUUCAUUCUAGCUUCCUGAGUCUCAGUUGAAACACCUGGCUGAUGCUUAGAUGCAUUCGUUAGUAGGAUACAGCUUACUCAGUUUCAUUAUCUCCAGCUUCAACUUCAUUCCCAUUUCUCUCUUUCCUGGGGGAAUAUAUUAUUCCAAAAAGUAAACUAGAUCUCUGACAUUAUUUUCAGUGCUUGCACUUGAUGAGAAAUUAUCUGAUUUGAAAGAUACUUCUAAAAUGCAUUUGUAUUCUGUGAAAUAACAGAGACCUCAUGUGGCCGAUUUUAUUAGUUCAAAUAUCUCAAUCUCAUUCAAGCAAAGGAAUCCAGAUUUGGGUGCCUGAUUGCUCAAACUGACAGUCUUAGCUUUUCAAAAGAUUAUCUUUUUAGACCUGGUU